GUUUACUUUUAAGCCCCAGUUUACUGUUCAGGAAGUUUUCCCUCGCUGCUGCAACUGCGUGCAGGACUGUAUGGACGCGACCCAGCAGAUCGAGGACUCUUUCUUCGGAGAGGAGGAUGUCUCUGAAGAUGAGCAUGAACUUGGAGGAGGAAAGAGCCAAAGAGAACCACUGGCUCUGCUGAAAGUGUUCAAAAACGACCACAUCCCAGAGACAGAGGUGCCUCUCUACCAGGGAGAGAACGUUUUGGGGAGAGACCCUACCUCUAGCUCCGUGCCGCUCCAAGCCCGUUCCAUAUCCGGCCGGCAUGCCAUCAUCUCCAUCUCCGUGUUUGGUCCUAAUGAUCGUCAUGGUGAAACCAUAGACGCCCUGCUGUGGGACCUGGGCAGUUUAAAUGGCACCAGGAAGGGUUUGCUUAAACUGACCCCACACGUACGCUACGCGCUGACUGAGGGAGACAGCGUGGUGCUCGCUGAUGUGCCCUGCCAAUAUGUCAGCCUGAAGAACACCGAGAGGAACACACUCACAUCCACAGCUGAUGGUGGGAAAGAGAACGCGAAGGGUCCGACAUCCACAAGCAGCAGAGGUUCGGAAGGAAGGACGGGGAAAGUAGUGGAAAAGAGUGCGCUGCCUCCUGUACCAGUGUGGACUGAUGAAGUGAAAAGUCUUCAGUCGCAACAAACAACUGACAAAAAGCCAGAGAGGACCCUGGUGCCCGAGUCUGAUUCAGAUUCUGAUGGAGAGACGCAUGGAAGAAGAGAGAGGAGGCGGAUUGUGGCCUCAGAGCCGGCUUCUUCUGACCUUUCCAGCCCGACGUGUUCAACGUUCCUGACCCCAGCAAACAAAGUCAUUCCAGAGAGUGAGGAUGAGAGCUCCAUUACUCCAUCCCCAGCACUGAAGGGUCGUUUUCUAAAGACAGGGAAUGACCCUGAAGUUUCCUCAGACUCCUCUAAACCUGAACCACUGAGCUUCAACAUAGACAGCGAUACAGACGUUGAGGAUGAGGACGUUGAGAUGGAAAAGAUGAAGGCUACACCGGGAUCUGAGGCUGCUGUCACAGCAGAAGUGGCCGCUGUAAAUCCUGCUGAUCUGCAUAUGGACAGCGACACCGAUGUCGAGGAGGAAGAGACGGAGAAGGCAAAGAGUGAUCCAGAAGCUUCAGCUCCACCUCCAAAACAGGAUUUGGUAAAUCCAGCUGCUCUGACUAUGGACAGCAGUACAGUUGUAGAGGAGAAUGAGCCUGUUAAAAUGGACCCUACUGUAAUUUCUGGACCUGAAGCUGCUCAAGAGGAGAAGAAAGAACCAGCGAGUUCUGCCCAGUUCCACUUGGAGAGUGAUACCGAUGUAGAGGAUGAGGAUGUUCCUCAAAUCCAUGACUCUAGAUCUCCACCCAGUCAUGUAGCUGAGUUCAACGUCAACAGCAAUACCGAUGUAAAGGAAGAUGAGGAGACGACAAAAUCUAUCGAGCCACCUUCAGGCAGUGAGAUGGACAGCAAAGAUCUGGUGAAAAAGGCCAAAUCGGUGGACAGCGUCAGAGAGCCAGACACCACAGUGUCAGACAGUGAUACAGAUUUGGACGAUGAGGUCACUGAUAUCACUUCCACAGUGGCCAAGGGAACAGGAAACUCUCAGACACAUUCAGAGAUUCAGACUGCCGAUGGACACGGGGCAGACGCACAACACGACAGUCCUGUUGAGAUCCAGCCUCCUGCUGAAACAGCGCGGGAUGAGAUCCAGCUGGACAGUGACACAGAUGUGGAAGAGGAUGAAGACAAGGUGGAGGAGAAAGAGCAGAAGUGUGCAGAAGCAGCAAUAAAGAUUGUCCACUCGUCUACACCAAGAGGAGCAGGCCUGUCUGAAGAGGAGCUGGAAACACAAGCAUUCCUCAGUCCAUCUCAGCUGUUCAAACGGCCGGUUCUCCCCUCUCUCCUCCACCCUUCUGUCUCUCCUGGUGGUAUCAGUCACACGGAUGAUGACUUUGCUGUGGCUGAAACUCAGUCCUUUGUAUGUGAUGCCGCUCGAGCUGAUGCUACGCUAGAUGAGACGCCUGAAUCGCUGGAUGGCCCUGAAUCUCGGCACUCAGACAGAGCCUCAUCUUUCCAGCUGGGCCUUUCAGACGAUGGCCGUCAGCUGCCAGAACCUGAAGAGCAUGAGCGGGAACCUGCAGAGGAGGACUGGCAGCUGCAGGCGACUCAGUUAUACGCGAUAAAUUCAGGAGACGAUGCUAAAUCUGGGCAAACGCAGCUGGAUCUGGACGCUACGCAGGCCUACGCUGAUGUGAUGGGCCAAGAGGAGGGAGAAGAUGGAGGAAAAGAGGAGGAAGAAGAGGAGACACAGCCACUGGCUGCUCAGAGCCGCUCCAGCAUCCACACUGCUGAAGCACGGCUCAUCAAACACCAAGCCCGGAGCGAAGAUAACAGUGAUCAUGGCACUAAUGAAGAGGUUGUUGCUAGCGAACCAGAAAGAAAGGCAGAAGAGGAUGUUAAUGAUGAGAUGCAAGUGGAUUCGCAUCUCUCCACUGCAGACACUCUGCUGAUCAUCAGGAGCCCGAGGCAGGAGGAGCCGUCUCAACCCUACGCUUUCCUCGCUGCCCAAAUCCAGAAAGAGCAAGAGGAGACCGAGAAAGUGGAGCAUGAGAGCAGGGAUCAAGAGGUACAAGAGACAGAUAAGGGAGAAAGGGCUCAAAAUGAAAUGGAUGAAAGUGUGGGACAAGAGAAGGAUGAUGAUGAAGGAGAAGGAAGAGAGAUAAAAGAAAAUGAGAACAUGCUGAUAGAAAAGAAGAAUGAAGUAACUCGAGAUGGGCCAGAAGAGGUGGAGAAGAAAAGAGUAAAAGCUGAUAAAGAAGUAGAUGAAGUGCAAACACAGCCUGCUGAGACUGAUACUAUUGUUGAAACACUGCCUAUGUGUGAGGAAGAAGAGGGACGCGAGGAAGAGCAGCUGAAUGAACCGAACUCCAGCAGAGGAACACAGCCUCCUGAGAUCGAGUCAACACAGCCUCUCGAGCCUGAUCACCCCCCUCAUGUCACCAUUGCGGAAACACUGCCUGUGUGUGAGGAAGAAGAGGGACGCGAGGAAGAGCAGCUGAAUGAACCGAACUCCAGCAGAGGAACACAGCCUCCUGAGAUCGAGUCAACACAGCCUCUCGAGCCUGAUCACCCCCCUCAUGUCACCAUUGCGGAAACACUGCCUGUGUGUGAGGAAGAAGAGGGACACGAGGAAGAGCAGAAUAAACCUAGGAAUAGCAGGAGGAGACAGACUACUAAAGUUGAGCCAAAGCAGCCUGUCGAGUCUGAUCAAGUCGCCCAUGUGACCAUUGCUGAAACACAGCCUAUGUGUGAGGAGGGACGAGAGGAAGAACAACAGAGUGAAGCCAAACCAACCAAGAGAUCCAGUAUGAGGAAACGCAAUGCUAAACCGGUCGAGUCUCAUGUGGCCGUUCCUGAAACCCUACCUAUGUGUGAAGAGGAGGAGGGACAGGAGGAAAAGCCACAGAGUGAAGCCAAGGCUGGUAGAAAAUCCCGCCGAGGAAGGCCGACUACUAGAAUCGAGUCCACACAACCUCUUGAGCCAGAGUCUACUGCUGAAACAGUGAAGAUGGAAAAAGAGGAGGAAGAGCAAGGCAGUAGGAGGAGCCUUAGAGGAAAAGAAAGAGGAAGAGCAGCAUCUGGCAAGGGUAAAGGCAAAGGAAAAGCUGCUGCAGAGAAAGAGAAGACAGGGAAGAGCGUGAAAGUAGAGCAAGAGGAGGACAGUGAAGAAGAGGUAGACAGAUGGAACAGAGGAAGAGGACGAAAGAACCUGAGGCAGAAAUCCAAAGAUGAUGACAAGGCCAGAUUCAAGCAAGUGGAACCUGAAAAUGAAGAGGUAGAACAUUUAAAAAAGCAUGAGGAAGAAAGUAAGAGACUACAGAGGGAAGAAGCAGCGAGGGAUCGGCUGGAAACCGGGAGGAAGGAAAAGAGAACAAGAUUGGAGAAGGACAGGGAGGAGAGAGAAGAACAUGAAAAGGGUGAGCAAGAAGAAAAGGACCGAUUGGAGAGGGAAAGAAUAGAGGAAGAGAUGAAGAGGUUUGAAAGGGAGAAGGAGAUGGAAAAGGAAAAACAAGAAAAAGACAGCGAGGGUGUGGAAAAACAAAAGAGACCAGCACCAGGAAAUCGGAAAACAGGGUUAGGAAGGAAGGGGAAAAAAAGCAAGAAAGACGAAGAGCAAGAAUUAGAAGAAGGGACUAAUGGAAGACUGGAGACGGAACAAGAACCAAGUGAGCUACAAAAACAAGAUUGUGCAGAAGGGAGCAGUAAAAAGGAAGCGGAUGAGCAAGCUGAGAGCGAAGCGAAACGCAGAGGAGGCCGACGCAGUACCAGGAAAUCCAUUGCGCCCCCUGUUGGUGUGGAGGACGAGGGUGGUCCAGCAAAAAGAACUCGCUCACGCUCCAGCUCCUCAAACUCAGUGUGUUCAGAGCAGUCCACUCAGGAUAACUUGAGCGGAGGAAGAAGAAGAGGGGGAAGGAGACAAACUGCUGAAGAAAUGAAUGAGACCGUCAGGCCGUCAGGCAGAAGAAGAACUACCACAGCACCCUCUAGUGAGAAGGGGAAUAAUAUAAAGCAGGCUGCUCCCCCUCGCUCCAACUCCAGGAGCUCUGACAGAUCCAGCAGCAGUGUGGCCACUCCGAGCCGAGGGAAAGGGAGGAAGAGUGUGAAAACAGAAGAGCCAGAGGAGGAGAAGGAGAAGGGAGAACAAUCAGCAGCUGUGGGGAGAGGAAGAGGACGAGGACGAGGUGGGAAACGUCCUGGGGCGAAUGACAUUAAAGUGGAAACAGCUGGUGAGGCAGAGGAGGAGGAAGCUGUGGUUAUGACUGUUGCUGAAGACAGUGUUACGAGCCAAAGCAGCAGCAGGGGGCGUAAAAGAGGUGCUGAUGUUUCGAUGCUGACAACAGAAACCCCUCAGCCGACUCCUAAAACCCCUCGCCGCUCUGUAGCCGGACAGACACACAAGGUUCUGUUUACAGGAGUAGCGGAUGAGGAUGGGGAGAAGGUGGUGGUGCGUCUGGGUGGAGGGCUGGCGAAAGGCGUGGGUGAUAUGACUCACCUAGUGACCGAUAAAGUCCGUCGUACCGUUAAGUUCCUGUGCGCUGUGGCCCGAGGAGUGCCAAUCGUUACCCCUGACUGGCUGAGCAAGUGUGGCAAAGCAGGAAGCUUCCUCUCGCCUAAUGGAUUCUUAGUAAAAGAUGAAGAGCAAGAGAAGAGAUUUAACUUCAGUCUGCAGGAGGCUCUGAGAGUAGCCAGCUCUCAGCCCUUAUUACAGGGCUACGAAAUUCAUGUAACGCCGUCUGUGAAGCCAGAGCCGGCUCAGAUGAAAGAAAUCAUCACUUGCUGUGGGGCGCGCUUUCUUCCCAAAAUGCCCUCUGCUCACAAGGCUCAGACGGUGGUGGUGGUGUCGUGUGAAGAGGACAGGGCACUGUGUGAAAGAGCUCGGAGUUUAUCUUUUCCUGUGGUCAGUGCUGAGUUCCUGCUGACUGGCAUUCUACAGCAAAAAGUGGACGUGCAAACGCACUCUCUCUCUCUUUCACCCGCUGCUGCGGUGCCCAAACCUGCUGCCCGCAGCCGCAGAAAGUAGUUUCCGGACAUAAAACACCCAUAUGGAGUCCACUCUUAUAACGACUGGUGUGUGAUGUGGUGUGAUGUGAUUUCUUCAGAGCACUCUGGGUCUUUAUGAAAAGCUGCUAUGAACUGUGAGAUGUUGGCCAACCCUCCAUAUGUCUUUGAAUCCUGUCAAGUUAUUUUUAAGCUGUACUCUUAGUUUUCCUAAGUAGUAAACUGUACCUUUCCUUGUUGCUGGGUUGGUAGCCUUAAUGCUACAUCAUUUGCUUUUUUGUUUGGUUUUUUACCUGGAAAUGUGGAAAUAGUGUACCUUUAAACAUGAUUUAAGGUAAACAAAUGGACUGUAAUCAGCUUUUAGGGUAAAGCUUUAGUUUAAAUGUACACUGUAUGGAUCACAGGUAGCAAACUGAUGUUAGGCCAACGCCAACCAUUUCACUGGGCAAAGGUUCCAGAUGCCCAUUUUUAAAUCUACCUUGCCAACCUUUAGCCAUCGUGUUGUGUCAAGGUUGGGUGCCAGCUUUAAAUCCAUGUUAUGAAAAGUGUGCCUUCAUUCACACUGGGAGGAAAGUCAUGACUGGGAGGGGGGUUAUUAAAAAACAUGAUUGGUCUGUUGCCAAAGUCGCAGUAUAGUUGAGACAACACAAAGGCCAACAUCAGUUUUCCGCCUGACCCUCUUGCAAGGACGACACACAUUAAAGUUACUAAAGGUUUCACAUAUUUGAAGGCACCGUCCCAGCAAUACUGUCCCAUGUAAAUAAACUUUUGUUAGCUAAA